AUGUGCUUCUAUAUCACCACGUAUAGGCAGUACUCCUGUGGGCACGAGAUACCUGAGCUGCGACAGUGGGUCGAUUGCAAUCAACGGAGGUGUCGCUUGAGCCAGAGGCAUGAUCCCACCGAGCACAGCUGUCCUGACGAGUGCACGGACAUUCCCCGUGUCGACCAACACCUCGUAGUCGGCUGGCCACCCUUUCAGUGCAAUGCCUGCCGUGGGAUACACACAGCCAAUGGUAACGGAAACGGGACUACGAGCGAGCCCAGCAGCAGCGAGGAUGAAGAAUCAGAGGAAGAGGAAGAGGAAGAGAUGGAGCUGUAA